AAAAUGAAUUCCCAUUUCCAGACUGAAAAUGUCGGUGAACAAGCUGGUGUUGAAGGGAACGGGAAAGAUGUCCCUUCACGAGAGGUUUACCCAGCUGAGUUCCCAGAUAGUUAAACAGGAGAUUAAACCUCAGCCUCAGUUUACCAGACAGAGCCAGAUAUCCAGACAGACUUCACACAGUACGAUGAGAAGCUACGAGUAUUCUCCUUCUACUCCAAGGUCAAGGACACCAGACCAACCUAGAUACGCUCCAAGGAGGCGAAGUGAAAGUCCUGUAGGACGGAUGAGUAGACCUAGGAACCAACCCCUCAGAUCUCCAUACGGUGUAAGUGUGCGGCCCUCCUCGACUGUAUUAGCUGCCAACAGGAUUAAGAAGAAAUCUGUUUAUCUGAGAUUAGGAGUUCGUCCCACCAUGUCUUCUGGGAUACCAGUCUGGGCAGAACCUUACACUCCUAGACAGCAGAAUAUGGGAGGAAUGAGAUCUGCUCAGAGCGGUUUAUCUCGAAGUACAAGCAUGAACUCCCUCUCACGGUGGAACAGUCAAACUUCACUUCAUUCAUUUGAUACUCCAAGAUACCAGACACCCAGACGAUACGGCGGAUAUGGUGGCGGCGCAUAUGGUAGAUUUAGAGGGGGAAGAAGACCUUUCAACAACUUUGGCCGGGACGGAAGAAGGAGAUUUGGACGGGGACGCUUUGGCGGAGGAGGUGGGAACUGGGGUCGGGGCAGAGGUAGAGGCAGGCGUGGUGGUGGUGGCGGAAGAGGUCGUGGCCAGGGGCGGAAGCAGCCUCAACCAAGCCGUGAGGAGCUGGACAAGGAGUUAGAUAGUUAUAUGGCGGGAACACGGGGACUCCUGGAUCAGGAGAUGGAUAAUUACAUGGCAAAUAAAUAAAUUAUGUGUCUCAUCUAGCAGAUAGAUAGAUAGAUAGAUACACUCUCUCUCUCUGAUGUAAAUAAAUCUGAUAUAUAUACUUGUGAAUUUAAAUAAAAGUGUUCUGUACACACCACACUACCUUACUUCGAGCUCACAUUACAGAAAAUAAAACCAGCAUUUGACCGUUUCAUUUUUUCUAUAAUUUCCAGAA